UAUGAUGAGCAGCUUCAGUCGGCAGUGAUCUCUGUGCAGACACUUAUCAAAUCAUCGUCCUUGGAUGUCCAACUUGCUGCACUUAAAGUACUGAAAUGCAUAACAGUGAAUAUGUUGAAGUUAGAAAACAAGCAAGUCGAAAAGUGUGAUACCGAAAGUGAAAAGCUUCCGUCCACAUCUUAUCAGAAACGACUGCCAACUUUGUUCCGAAGAAUUCUCGAUGAAGAUAUAACUGAUAGCUGCGCCCUUUCACCGAAAUUGCUUGUCAUGGAUGCUUUCAUAAGUCAGCUUCACCAUUUUGAAGUUUUGGAAAGGGUGUCAUAUUGCAGUUGUAUCAGUCCAUAUCUGGAUCACAUUCUACCGCAGCUAUUUGAUCUUUUGCCCAGUGUGGAUCUUGGUAAGUUAUUUAACAAAACUUGA